AUGUGGCGGGCCACGGUUUCUUUCAACAUGGAGGGAAGAACCUUCUUACGGAAACGAGGACAAAUAUCUGUCAGCACCCAUGGCCUCGACGACGUUAGGUCGGGAUUCGAUGUCGAAACAGUCGACGACCAAGGGAGGUGGUAUGCCAUGCCGCCAGCAGACAAAAGACCCACGCGUGAUGUCGAUACUGAGCCCCUGCCGGAUGACGGUCCCAUCGAGUGUUUGAUUAUAUGCACCAAGGCGCAUCACACAGAAAUGGCCAUAAAAGACAUCAGCCAUCGCUUGACAAAAGACUCGACAAUUUGCUUCGUUCAUAAUGGCAUGGGCGUACUUGACGCCAUCAACCAAAAUGUUUUCCCGGAUCCCCACCAGCGUCCACAAUACAUCCAGACAGUCUUCACUCAUGGUCUGGGCAGAAACGACCCUUUCAAAAUCUCACAUCUCGGAGUUGUGGCGGAAUCCGACUACACAUGGGCGCCGUCAACAAAGUAUCUAGUACGCCUCUUGACUCUCACGCCGCCCUUGGUGGCCGUGGCCGAUACACCGGCGGGUCUGCUUCAAUACCAACUUGAGAAAUUGGCAGUGAACUGCGUCAUCAAUCCUCUGACCGCACUGGGUGAUUGUACCAAUGGCGAGCUCCUUUAUUCGUUCAGCUUUACCCGCGUCAUGCGGCUGCUGCUCUUCGAGAUCUCUGCCGUAAUCUGUGCUCUACCUGAACUGCAGGGCAUCCCGGGCAUCGAAGAUCGCUUCUCACCCGAACGCCUGCGACGUUUGGUCGUGAACAUUGCUAGUAACACGGGCAAAAACAGCAGCUCAAUGCGGCAAGACAUCGAUGCUAGAAGAUUGACAGAGAUCGAAUACUUCAACGGAUGGAUUGUGCGUCGCGGCGAAGAAUUGGGUAUCAAGUGCGCGCUCAACUACAUGAUCAAGCAUCUCGUCUCCGCUAAAGCGGCUACUAUUCGGGACAGAGAAGCUGGUGCCAUCCCAAUUGAUCUUGACAACGUUAUCUCUACCAACGAGCCUCCCAUUUAA